AUGGGAAAAAAAAGAGGCUGGUUUUCUGUUGUGAAGAAAGUUUUGAGCCCUGAGUCCAAGAAAGAUCAGGAAACUCCAAAAUCAAAGAGAAAAUGGUUGGGAAAAGGCAAGGACGUGGGGCCAGUUUCUUUGCCUGAAGAAACUGAAGUGACUUCACCUCCUCCUGUUCCUCCUCCCAUUGGAGAUGUCAAAUUAACAGAAGCUGAAAAUGAACAAAGCAAACAUGCCUACUCGGUGGCUCUUGCCACUGCUAUGGCUGCUGAUGCGGCGGUUGCUGCUGCUCAGGCGGCUGCUGAAGUUGUUCGCCUCACUUCUCUACCAUGCUACCCGGGGAAGUCGAAAGAGGAAAUAGCUGCCAUCAAGAUUCAAGCUGCAUUUCGUGGAUACUUGGCUAGGAGGGCAUUGCGAGCUUUGAGAGGGCUGGUGAGGUUGAAAUCAUUGAUCCAAGGACAAUCUGUCAAGCGGCAAGCAACUACUACAUUAAGAUGCAUGCAGACUCUAGCUCAUGUGCAGUCCCAGAUUCGUGCAAGGAGGCUUAGAAUGUCAGAAGAGAACCAGGCUCUUCAGCGGCAGCUCCAACAGAAACGAGAGAAAGAGCUCGAGAAGUUGAGAGCUUCUAUGGGAGAAGACUGGAAUGAUAGUACAAAGUCUAAGGAGCAAAUUGAAGCAAGACAGCAAAAUAAGCAAGAAGCGGCUAUGAGAAGGGAAAGAGCAUUAGGUUAUGCAUUAUCGCACCAGCAAUCAUGGAAGAACUCUUCUAAAUCAGUGAAUCAAACAUUUAUGGAUCAAAAUAUUCCCCAUUGGGGUUGGAGUUGGUUAGAGCGAUGGAUGGCAGCCCGGCCAUGGGAGAUCCGAAGCACAACAGAUAACAAUGAUCGUGGCUCAGUUAAGAGUAUGGGUGCCCGUUCCAUGUCCAUAGGUGAAAUCAGCAGGGCUUAUCCUCGAAGCCCAAAAUCAAGUCGAUCUCGCAGCCGCCAAUCCCAUUCAACUCCACCCCCCAAGGCACCUUCUGUAUCAUCAGUUUCCAGUAAAAUAAGAGUGCCAAGCACAAGGGGGAGUCAAAGGGGAGGCGACCAGGACUCGAGGAGCAUGCUCAGUGUCCAAUCUGAUCGUCAAAGGAGACACAGCAUUGCAGGGUUAUCAAUGAGAGAUGAUGAGAGCCUUGCAAGCUCACCUGCAGUUCCAAGUUACAAGGCAUCGACACGGCCAACAAAAGUCAGGUCCCCAUUGCCAAGUCCAUUGGGAUUAAAGAAAAAUGGGACACCCGAGAGGGGACCGGCUGGCUCAGCGAAGACGCGGCUUGCAUUCCCUGUAUCCCCAGGUAUGAACAGGAGACACUGGUCCUCCUAAGGUGGAUACCAAAAUGCAGAAAGAAGAGAAACCGAGCAAUGGAGGAUGCAGGUAGUGGCAAUGGAAAUGAAGAACUUCUGAGUUCAGAUAUAUAUACCAAUAGGAAACCAAAGAAGAAUGAAUAAAAGAUGUCUUUGUUUGUUUGUAUUUUUGUCUUCUUUUAAAAGAUGUCUUAUUGACAAACAGUUUUAAGCUUUCAAUCAUGUCAAGUGGUGAAAAAUAACAAAAUAUGAAAUAUAUUUUUCCGGAAUUAGUAAAUGAAUAUCACCUAAGCAACUAAA